AUGGACGUUAAGACGCGCCACUACCAGCAACUAAGCCACCAGCUCGGGAAGCUCCAGGAGAAUAUCAGCCAGUCGAAUCAGCAGUUCAAGAUUGCCGCCGAACAGCUCCAGCAGAUGCAGAAGCUGUCCAUUUCGCAUGCUUCUCAAUUCAUGGCCGUGUCCAAGAUAAUUGACAAGCAAGAGACGGAAAUGUGA